AUGGCUCGUAGAUCAAGAUCCCGCCGCACACAUCUGCUCGGGGCCUGCGCAACAUGCCAACGUCGACAUGUCAAAUGUGAUCAGCAGCGACCCGCAUGCAAAACAUGUUCCGCGGCAGGCUACACGUGCGAAGGGUUCUCAAGCGAUGUGCGGUGGAUGCAAGAAACGGGCCAGUCUGCUGCAUGCGAGAAGUCGUCCGCGAAGGGAAGCCAUCUAAAACGAAAUGGUCUAAGGCGCCAUCUAUACUCGGAGCAUUCCCGGGUUUCUAUGGGUGCUGUCUUGAAUAAAGGCCUUUUCUCCGGCUCCAUUGAUUCGACCAUCGAGGAGAUUGACACAAGAUCGUGCGGACCAUCGGCUUCUCCGUUCAACGAUAUUCGAAUCGGCCCAUUUGCUGUCCUGAACUUCAAUGGUGUGGACCAGGAAGUAUGCGACCUGCCACCUGGCGGUGUUUCCAACCUGAAUCCGAUCGCUGAGCCUCCAACGGACGGUGUACUGCCGCCAGUUCGAGGGUCGCCAUUGCCGACGGGGCUGCCGGAGUUUACAGACGACCUGUUACAAUGGUCUGAUAUAUUCGGACUUAAUGACGACUUAUAUGGAAUUACAUCCAACUUCCCCUUCAACUUGACGAGCUACCCCGAUUUCUCUGCCCACCCGGAUUGGUCUACUUACGGCGAUACGACUUAUAAUUUAUCCACGCCGACGAUACUUGACUCGAAUACAGAAAUACUCCUGAUGCCUCCAGGAGGUCUAGGUAGAGAUUUUAUGUCGAUCCCACAAACCCUACCUGUUACUACUACUACUACUACUACUACUACUACUACUAGCAAUUCAACAGCCUCCGUCGAUAUCCUGGGUGAUGCUCCUUUUCUGUUGCAUAUUUUUCAGAGGCACGUUGUGCCUCAAUUGACAAUUGUCCCCUUUGGAAAGAAGGCAUCUUGGAACAUGAUGAACCUACCAGCUGCACUCAUUACACUUGGAGAUUUGACUAUUUUGGAAUCACAGGAGGUCAGUCACGCUCGACUGGCCAACUUAUACAGUCUCCUCACAUGUGCCGCCGUUUUUCUUGCAAAGAAACCAUCCAAUGAAUCGGAUGGAGAUUGUCAAUUCGCACAUUGGCACCAAGUUGCUAGCAAGUCUUAUCAAGAGGCCAAAGACCAUACAAUCAUUUAUAUGAAAGAGCCGCUUGGCGUGCCCAAGGCCAAAUACAAGGAUCGUACGAUGGCGAUAUGCGGGAUGAUAGAGGCUGCGAACUUCAAUGGCCAGCAACAAGAUGCACGAUACUUUACACUCGAAGCAGAAAGACUCCUGCGUCGCCGAGUAAUCUACAAGCCAAAAACAUCACAUAAAAGCCGUCUCCUCGUGAAUGUCUAUACAUGGCUGCGAAUUGUCGGUGAAAGCACAUAUGUUCUCCAAGACUUCAGGGCUUCAAAAGAAUUCAUUGAUGCCCUUGAUCAUCAAAUCCAGACAUGUCGCCCUGAGAAUAUGCGGAGGUCUUCACAGUCUAUAAGCGAUCGAAAUGCACACCAUGAUGACUUUCUUCAUAUGGAACAUUCGGAUAACGAUCUUGAUAUCGAUUCACCAAAAGAUUCCAGGAAAGAUAUCCCCGAUAUCCAUCUUCAUGACUCCCGGAAGUCUGCAGCAACACUUGCCAAGCAGGUGUAUGGAAUUUCAGAGACGUGGAUGAGUCUGGUCUCGCAAACAACACGCUUAGCCAAUGUACUGGAAAAGGUGAGGGCUGCUCAAGAUGCAGACAUCCAGGUGGACUCUAAGAUAUCGCGGUUUCUUCAAGAGCGAAGCGACCGUCUUGAGAGUCGAUCAGCCUAG